AUGCCAUACGCUCUCACAGUGAAGAAGACCGAGGGCGGGAAGCCGGGGCAGGUCUAUUACCCCCUUCAACUCAAUGAAGUCCCCAAGCCCACUUCAGGCCCCAAACAAGUCCUGGUCAAACUCGCCGCCGCCGCUCUCAACCAUCGCGACUUAUUCAUCCGGCAGCACCUCUACCCAGGUAUCUCCUUCACCAACCCUCUUCUCGCCGAUGGUUACGGCACCGUCACCGCCCUCGGCCCGGACCCGUCCCCGCUCGCCCAGUCCCUCCUCAAUAAGCCCGUCCUGCUGACCCCGUGUCGGGGGUGGGAAUCCGACCCGGCCGGGCCGGAGGACCUCGGGAAGCGGUUCAGCAUCUGCGGCGCCGCCGUCGGGACCGAGGUCGGUACCGCCCAGGAGUGGGUCGUUGUCGACGAGGACGAGGUCGUCCCCGCGCCGCCGCACCUGACCGCUGCCGAGGGCGCCGCCCUGCCGCUCGUGGGGCUCACGGGGUGGCGCGCGCUCGUCACCAAGAGCGCGGACGCAGCCCAGCCGGGCAGGAACGUGCUCGUGACGGGCAUCGGCGGCGGGGUCGCGCUGCAGGUGCUGCAGUUUGCUGUUGCCCUGGGGUGCAACGUGUUUGUGACGUCGGGGGAUGACCAGAAGAUUGAGCGGGCGGUGGCGCUGGGCGCGAAGGGAGGGGUGAAUUACAAGGGUGAGUGGGCUGACAAGUUGAAGGGGAUGCUACCCAAGGAGAGGCCGUUCCUGGAUGCGGUGGUGGACGGAGCUGGCGGGGAUAUCGUUGCCAAGACGGUAAAGCUGCUGAAGCCGGGGGGCGUGAUCACGUCGUACGGGAUGACGGUCGGGCCAAAGAUGGAUUGGCUUAUUCAGGCGGCGCUGAAGCAAGUGGAGCUGAAGGGUUCGACGAUGGGCUCCAAGGCCGAGUUCCGUGCCAUGGUGGACUUUGUGCGCGAGCACAAGAUCAGGCCUGUGGUGAGCCGCGUCGUGAAGGGCCUGGAUAAUCUGGAGGGCAUCGAGAGCUUGUUUGAGGACAUGAAAGCUGGAAGACAGUUUGGGAAGCUGGUGAUUUUGAUCGACGCCGAGGCGGAUUCGUCGCCUAAGCUAUGA